UAUAAUAUUUGCUUAAAAAUGAGCAGUUUUGGCUUCUGGGUUUUAACAUAUAUAUCUCUUCUAAAUAAGCUAACGACGGCUGAAUCGCCAAUAGAGACUCCCUUGACAGAAAACCCCGUAAAUUGGAAUUACUACAAUCAAGCUGAUUGGCCUGAAACUCAUUGCAUAAAUGGACGAAGACAAGCUCCAAUACAGAUAAUAGAAAGUAACACCACACCGGUAAACUAUGAAGAUUUACAGUUUAGUGACGAAUUUAGUAAAAGUUAUAAAGCAAGCAUUCUGAAUGAAGACUAUACAGUUGCAGUAAUAUUGGACGAUAAGUCCUUGGAGCCACAAAUUUCUGGAGGAGGAUUAGAAGACAGUUACACGUUUAUUGUGUUUCAGUUUCGUUGGCCUUCUGAGCAUGUUGUAAAUGCGAUCAGGUACCCUUUGGAGCUUGUUAUGAUCUUCUAUAACUCAAAAUAUGGAAGUCUCAUGGACGCAGUUCCCCAUGAAGAUGGUUUCCUUAAUGUUGUUUCAUUUUACAACACGUCUUCAAAUGAUAAUCCUAUUUUCGAUAAUCUGAUUAACAGUGUUCCGCAAGUUAAAAAUAAAUUACGCACGCCCGUACCGCUAAAAGACGAAAUAACCCUAGCUGAUUUUCUACCUAAAAAUAAAGAAAAAUUCUAUCGCUAUCAUGGAUCGGUUACAAAACCAUAUUGUGACGAAAUUAUAACAUUUUUAGUAUUUCCGGAGACUUCGUGCAUAUCAGACACACAGUACGGUGCUUUGAAAAAUAUUAUGGAUCAACAAAAUAAAACCGUUUCUUUUAAUAACAGAGAAUUACAAAAUCCACACGAUAGACCCAUUUAUAAAAAAACUAAAAAUUAAUGUAGUCUUCUAGAGAACAGUCAGCAACUACCUACAUUUGCAACGGGGUGAAUGGUAGCACUGUGUUAAAUAUAACUUAACUCACAUGUACACGAAUUCAAAUAAAA